UAAUUACUACAAAAUGAUUAUUGCCCAACACUGCUCAUUGCCACCACAAAUCAUGAAUGCGGUGAUACCGAGACACACACAUAAAAGGCCAACCAGUAGCAUCCUUAUCUCAGUCUGGGAAGGUAGAGAAAGAUCGCCUUGAAGUCCAGGGUUUGUUGCAACGGCCUCAGACUUUUUAAAAGACUAAACCAGGCGUAAAAUAGCAAGGAAAGGUGCACGCAAGAUGCAGAAGUGUUUUAGCAGCGUUUGUGUUUCUCUCGUCUUUUGCGCAAUUCUCACGGAGACAAUUGGAUUGGUAAUUGCGGCAAAAGAAAAGAGAGGCUGGACCCUGAACAGCGCAGGAUACCUCUUGGGUCCUCGUCGUAUUGAUCACCUAAUACAGAUAAAGGAUGCUCCCAGUGCAAGGGGGAGAGAAGAACUGCUUGGUCAAUAUGCAAUCGACAGCCACAGAACCCUGACUGACAAGCAUGGCCUGGCAGGAAAGAGGGAUAUGCCACUGGAGGACGACUUCAAACCAGCAGGACCUUUGAGAAUAGAGGAUGAAGAUGUGAUACACACCAUAAUUGACUUCCUGUCAUAUCUAAAAUUAAAAGACAUGGGGGCGCUUGACACAUCAGAAGAGAUCGGUCAGCCAUAGCAUGGGACAAGCACUUUUAUUCCCCUACUCACUCACCCUGGCUUGGCUCUCUUCCGUCUGGAAUUCACCCUUAGAAAAUAAGCAAGAUGUCGGUUAAUUCUACUGCCCUGCUGCAGCGUUCACUUUUCUUUUUAUCUGUGGCUGUGUGAGUUGAAGAAAGUGUUUAAAAGACAAAUAAAUUAAUGACUGGCUUUCAUCCUCUGA